GAUCCAUUCGUCCUGGUAUUCACUCCAAUAUGAAUACUCACAAAGGACUAUGUGUUCUCGCCUUAGUGGCACUGGUUGGUGUCUCCUUGACCCAAGCACGUGAAAUUUCCCGAGAGAAACGUGAAAUUAGUGACUUGGAGCCGGCAGAAUCCGGACACGGACACCACUGGAAAAAGGGCGGCGGUAGCGAACACCAUAGCGAUCACCACGGCAGCCAUGGGGAGAAGGGCGACAAAGGAUACAAGGGCCACCAUCACCACGAGAAAGGAUCCAAAGGCCACCACGACAAAGAGGGCCACAAGAAACACUACGAAGAACACGGCGGCCACAAGAAGAAGCACCACCACGACGACGGCUACCAUGCCGAACACCACAAAGGAGAGAAAGGAGAAAAGGGACACAAAUACGGCGAGAAAGGUUCCUACAAGAAAGGCCAUAGCACCAAGGGAGGGCACGACGUGCACAAGCACGACGAGUACAAAAAGGAGAAGCACUUCUUCGACGAGGACCACGAUUCCGGUCAUCACGAGAAACACGGAGGAUUCCACCACGAAGAUGGAUACAAGAAGGGCGGUCACAAGAAGGGAGGACACAAGAAAGGAGGACACCACGAAGACCACUACGGAAAGAAAGCAUCUCACGAAAAAGGAGGACAUCACCACGAGGAAGCGGGUCACAAGAAGGCAGGUGGUCAUGAUGAACACUAUCACCAUGACUCCAAAUACGGGAAGAAGGGUGGCCAUGAAGACCACAAGAAAUGGGGCUUCAAGAAGGGGCAUUAA